UCGGCUCGGCUCGGCUCGGCUCGGCUCUCUGCCGGAGCCGGUGAUGCCGGUCCUGGAUCAGCGCUGCCCCCGCCGUUCCUCUCCGUCCCUGCGGCGGGCGAGCGCGGCGGCGGGGGGCUGAGGGCCCAGCCCGCGGCCUGCCCGCCGCUAUGGUGCCCUGGGGAGCGGUGCUGUGGCGGCGGCUGCUGAGGAAGCGCUGGGUGCUUGGCGUCGUCUUCGGGCUAUCCCUCGUCUACUUCCUCACGAGCACGUUCAAGCAGGAAGAGAGGAUGGUGAGAGAUCGGAAUCUCCUCCAAGUGCAGGAGCACGAGCAGCCGAUCAUGUGGAAGGUGAAGUUCAGUUCGGGAAACAGCAGUCAGCUGAGUAACCAGUGCAGGAAUUCUGUGCAGGGGAAGCUCCUCAUUACAGAUGAACUGGGCUACAUCUGUGAGAGGAAGGACCUACUGGUAAAUGGCUGUUGUAAUGUCAACGUGCCCAGUACAAAGCUGUACAGCUGUGAGAGCUGCCUUCCCAACGGCUGCUGCAGUAUCUAUGAGUACUGUGUUUCCUGUUGCCUGCAGCCCAGCAAGGUGCAGAGUUGUUCUCCUGCUUUUCAGCAACAUCUUCUGGAACGUUUCUUGAACCGGGCAGCUAUUGCUUUCCAAAACCUCUUCAUGGCAGUGGAAGAUCACUUUGAGUUGUGUCUGGCAAAAUGCAGGACUUCAUCACAGAGCGUGCAACAUGAGAACACCUACAGAGAUCCAAUUGCAAAAUACUGCUAUGGUGAAUAUCCCCCCGAGCUUCUGCCUGUUUGAAAGCUGCAUGAUCUAUGCAACAAAGGGGAGGAACCGGAGACUAGAAUCCAAAAGAGCAAGACAACACCUCUUGCUUUACAGAAGCCUCAGUGUAAAAGGCUGAUGUUUUUUCUGGGGAUAAAUCCAGGGGUGUACAGUGUAAGCAAGGGACUCCAGGAUUGAAUCUUGUUUUCUUCAGUUUGUUAUGCACCUGCUUUAGGUACUAGUGUUGUACUAGUGCUGUUUUUGAAUACUUUCUGUACAUUUUAGGAUGCACAGAGUUGAUCCAGGCUAUAAAACAUGAGAAAAAUACCUAAUGUAGCUUUUCAGCUGGACAUGAAGGUUCAGUUGUAUCUCUGCAGUCCAGAGGCUUCCCAGUGUGACAGUAAUAAUGGGAGGAUUUUUGCUUGUAGAGAUUAAAGCAUGUUUGUUGUGCUUCUCUCUCUGGAGCAUUCCUUGACAUGCAUCGUGUACACUACAUAUGUAAUUAUGAAUUAUUUAUUCAUUUUCUAUGGAUUACUAGCUGAAAGUAUUGAUGCUUUGCAUAGCUAGUUGUUGAUGCCUUUCAGUCCCUGUUUUAUUACGUCAGGUAGAAAGGGUAUUUUAGAUCCUGGAUAAAAUUGUUUUUUUUCCCUCCUUAGUCUAAAGGAAUUGUAUUGGGAUUUGUCACUAGAGUGGUUAUGUUCCUCUUAGUGAGUUUAAAGUAUUCAGAACUCCAAUGGAGUUGUUAUUCUGUCAAAGUCCCAUAGCAUGAGAGAAGAGCAGGGAUCUGCCUAGGGUGGGAUGUUUAUUGUCUUUAAACAUUUUCCUUGUUACUCUGCAACAGUUUCCUCAAAGAGGAGUCUUACUUUUGCAAACAGCUCUCUGCUAAUCCACUUUCUGACAGGGAGCGCUGAAGAUUUGUCUGCUUGAACUUGUUCAGGCCUUGGUAGUUUAAAUGUACUUUGCUCCUGGUUGUGCAGGAGGUAAAAGGGUGGAGUUCUAGGAUUUCAGUUUAAUGAUGUCCUUGUGCGUGGAGUAAUUGGAAUGUCAGAACAUGGACCAAGCCCUCCUCUGAGGACAACUGUGUUGCAUGAGUUCAGUUAAACAGCAAUGAUGGCUUUGAUUUGCCUUUUGAUAUGUUUGCUACUCUGGGAUUUCAGUCUGAUCAGAAUGGCCCUAGAACAGGGGUGGUUCUCCCACAAUCUCUCCUAGCUCUCUAAGGCUGCAAUUGAAACUGUCUCCUUCUUAAGGCAACACAGAGAAGAUGGGUAGAGAACCUGUAAAAUGCUGACUAAAUUUGUGCUCCCCCUGCAAGUCACUGCAAAGUCCAACUGUCAGACAAAAUCGGGCUGUUCUUUUCUAUAUGCAGAGCCUCAUUUCUUUUGUUUUAACCCUGUCCAUCUCCUCCGUGAUUUUGACUUUGUGGCUGUGUGUUUGUUUAAACUGGUAGUUCCCAUUCCCUGACUGAAAUAAAA